AUGCAUCAACAAAUCACACUCGAAGUGGAAAAGUUGCGACGUUUACAAAUAGAAAUGUUCACACAAUCCACAGCUAAUAAUUUUUUGGGUUUCAUGCUUAUCACAGUGAUCAGUGAAGCUGUUAUUAUUGUUGCAGUAAUCUUGAUCAUACAGGAAGAUUCAAUGCGUCUUCAUGAGAGUGAAAUCAUGAAUUUUGGCAAAAUUUUUUACACCAAAUGGGUUAAGGAAACUACGGAAAAUGAAGAACUGAACGGAAUUCCAAUUAUAGAUUUUACAUUUCACGAAGGACGUAACAAUAAAUUUAUUGAGCCCUUGGAAAUGAUAUCUAUUAAUAAAUUCAAAAUAGCAGACAAAAAUACGACUACUUUACCACUUUGGGCUGUUUGCAUGCAACUUGCUUUCACUGCACUCAUUGCUUUGACAAUUUCACACGCAAUGCUUUGCUGGAAUUUCACUUCACAACCAGUACCAUUAAUUUUGCUUGAUUUUUGUAUGCUUGAAAAAGAAAUGUAUGAAAAUCAUUGCAAACAAUACUUACGUGAAGAGUAUCCACUCACUAUCAGCAAUGAUUUGCAAACAAUAACGAGACAAGUUGAGGAGAAUUAUAAUCUUUACCUGUCAGCUUUGGAUGAUAAACGUCAAAAAUUGAAGUUAGCUGUAUUACCCGUGGGAAUAUCGUAUCUGCUACUAUUAUUGGUCAUUUUCUCUUCAGUUUUAAACUCACUGCUUCGAAAUUUUAUUCAAAAACAGAAUUCUGGUACACUUUUACACUUGCUGCUUAUUUAUUCAGUUUCGUUGUAUUCAAACUAUUUGAUCAAAAAUCAUGAUUUAUUUAUAAACUUUUACAUCUUUUUCAUCACUACUUGAAU